AACACUUCUGAUCCGAGGCUCAGUAGCGCAGGGUAGUUUAUUCAGAGGAGCGAAGAGGAGUGGAGAGGAAGAGUGCGCGAGAGAGGGUGCCCCAUCCUUCACACAAACUGGAGGAAUCCACACUCCAAAACUUAUGGCUGCUUGAGAAAAUAAUAAUUUCCCCCCUCUCUCUUUUCUGGGACCUUUGGCUACUAGUUCACUCCUAAUCAGAAUUUGUCACAAGUAUUUUUUCAGUUGCUCUUGAAAAGUUAAUCCACCUUUGCCGUGGACGUCACUGGCGACCAUGGAUACCCAUAUAAGAUGGAAAGUAAAACGGAGGAUAAAGGACGCGCAAAUCACUUUAGCAAUAAUUCUACUUUUUGUCACAUCGCAAGCCAGUUCAGUGGAGCCAGCGGACCUCUUGAAGAUUUUAGAUUUUCCCAGUUUACCUGACGGCGUUACGAAAACGACAGGUUUCUGCGCGCAUAGGAAGUCAACAAAAGGAGCCGAUGUGGCCUACAGAGUAUCCAAAGAAGCCCAGCUCAGUGCCCCCACCAAACAGUUGUACCCUGCUGAUGUGUUCCCUGAGGACUUCUCCAUCCUGGCUACGGUGAAGCCUAAGAAGGGCUCCCAGUCCUUCCUCAUGUCUGUGUAUAACGAGCAGGGCAUCCAGCAGCUGGGGGUAGAGGUGGGACGCUCCCCUGUCUUCCUGUAUGAGGACCACACAGGCAAACCCAGCCCAGAGGACUACCCCCUCUUCAGGGGACUCAACCUGGCUGAUGGAAAGUGGCACCGAGUGGCCAUCAGCGUUCACAAACAGACCGUCACCAUCAUCCUGGACUGUAAAAAGAAGACCACCCAGAAACUGUCCAGGAGCCCACACCCCAUCAUUGACACCAAAGGAAUUGUGGUCUUCGGAACUAGAAUACUUGAUGAAGAAGUCUUUGAGGGAGACAUCCAGCAGCUGCUGAUUGUAGCCGAUCACCGUGCUGCCUAUGACUACUGCGAGCACUACAGCCCCGACUGUGAGGUCCCUGUCCCAGAGCAGCCCCAGGCCCAGGACCCCAACACAGACGAAUACAACACAGAGGAGGACAGCUACUACUAUGAGUAUCCUUACUAUGAGGACAUGGAUGGGAAGCCUUCUGAGACUGAGACGGACGAAGCAGCUGGACUUGCCACGGAAGACGUAAAAGUGUCCGUGCCAGAGAGCGGCCGUGUCGUCACCUCCGUCAAAGAGGUGGUGUCAUCAGUAAGGGAGACAGCCAGUCAGGGAGCCGAGGGCAAAGUGUUGACCAGUACCGCCACUGCUGAAGCCGCCGCUGCUGCUGGAGCUGGAGAGGACACCAGCCGUUACGACAACUACGAUACGGAAAGUUACGGCAACUAUGAGACGUACUACGACGAGUCGACGGCAGUGCCCGACGUCACUCGCAGGGUCACCAUCAGCAGUAGCAGCAUGGGGACGGGCGCAGGGGUGGAGCUGGACUUGGGUUUGGGGUCAAAGGUUGACCUGGGCACGGGGGCAGAGAUUGAGAAGGUCAUCACCACUAGUGGAGGAGUCACCAUCACACGCAACAAGACCUCAGUUGCAACAGCCUACGAUGAGAACUAUGGCGAGGGCUAUGACCUGUCCUAUGGAGAGGGAGAGGAGGAUGAGUACAGUGUCGGCGGAGGUGACCGCGGCAGUAGAACCAGCAGUACUGUCGAAAUGGGUGCUGGUGGUGGAUCCGUAUCGGUCGGGGUUGGUUCUGUUUCCGUUGGGGGCGGUUCCGUCUCUGUGGGUGGAUCUGCCAGCGCCGGUGGCGGGGCGGCGAGCGCUGGGGCAGGAGCUGGAGCCGGAGCCGGAGCCGGAGCCAGAGGGGGAGCAGGGGGCCAGGGUGUGGCUAUUGAGGGAGAUUACACUGAUCUGGAGGGUGUUGGGUUUAAGGAGGAGUCCAUCUCUGAGUACGGGGACGAAGAUUAUGGCUAUGGAGACCUGGACUACGGUGGACAGGAGGAAAAGGUGCUGCCGGCAGAGACAGAUGAAUACUAUGGACAGGUUGAUGGGUCUCGAGGAGAGAAGGGGCAGAAGGGCGAGCCUGCUAUCAUUGAGCCUGGAAUGCUGGUGGAGGGUCCGCCCGGUUCUGAAGGCCCAACAGGUCUCCCUGGACCCCCAGGUUCCUCCGGCCCCCCGGGCAGCCCCGGAGAAGCAGGAGAAAGGGGUCCUAAUGGUCGUGCUGGUCUUCCUGGUGCUGAUGGUCUGCCAGGACCUCCAGGGACUGUCCUCAUGCUGCCUUUCCGGUUCAGUUCUGGAGGAGACUCUGGACAGAAGGGACCUCAGGUGUCUGCUCAGGAGGCCCAGAUGCAAGCCAUCAUGCAACAGGCCAGGCUGGCGAUGCGCGGUCCUACUGGCCCUAUGGGUUUGACUGGUAGAACUGGUCCUCUGGGUUCUCCAGGUGUGUCUGGACUGAAGGGAGAUUCUGGAGAGUCCGGUCCUCAGGGACCUCGUGGACCAAUGGGUUCUCAUGGACCCUCUGGGAAGCCUGGCAGAAGGGGACGUGCUGGAUCUGAUGGAGCCAGAGGCAUGCCUGGUCAGACCGGAACCAAGGGAGACAGAGGGUUCGAUGGUUUAGCCGGACUGCCUGGAGAGAAGGGACAAAGAGGUGAAGCUGGACCCCAUGGACCUCCCGGACCCACAGGAGAGGAUGGAGAGAGAGGAGACGAUGGAGAGAUCGGGCCACGGGGUCUGCCUGGUGAGCCAGGACCUCGUGGUUUGCUGGGACCAAAGGGACCUCAGGGACCUCCCGGACAGCUUGGUGUGACUGGAAUGGAUGGCCACCCUGGACCCAAAGGAAACAUUGGACCCCAAGGAGAGCCUGGCCCCAGUGGACAGCAAGGAAACCCUGGUGCUCAGGGACUUCCAGGUCCUCAGGGAGCCAUUGGGCCCCCAGGAGAGAAGGGUCCUACCGGAAAACCAGGACUGGCAGGAAUGCCCGGAGCUGACGGACCCCCGGGUCACCCUGGAAAGGAAGGACCCAAUGGAGAGAAAGGACAUUUGGGUCCCAGUGGCCCUCAAGGCCCAAUCGGUUAUCCCGGGCCCCGAGGCGUGAAGGGAGCCGAUGGUGUACGAGGCCUGAAAGGAGGAAAGGGUGAAAAGGGAGAAGAUGGAUUGCCUGGCUUCAAGGGAGAUAUGGGAAUCAAGGGUGACAGGGGUGAGCUGGGACCUGCAGGACCCAGAGGAGAGGACGGACCUGAGGGGCCCAAGGGUCGCUCCGGUCUCCCUGGAGAUGCUGGCCCUCUCGGACCUAACGGUGAAAAGGGCAAACUGGGUGUUCCAGGGUUGCCAGGAUACCCAGGAAGACAAGGACCAAAGGGAUCUCAGGGAUUCCAAGGUUUCCCCGGAGCCAACGGAGAGAAAGGAACAAGGGGACUUGCAGGGAAGGCUGGCCCAAGAGGACAGAGAGGACCAACGGGACCUCGUGGAGAGAGGGGACCCAGGGGACCAACAGGAAAAGCUGGACCAAAGGGUACCUCUGGAAGUGAUGGCCCCCCAGGACCUUCCGGUGAGAGGGGUCUUCCAGGGCCUCAGGGACCAACAGGAUUCCCCGGAACAAAGGGCCCACCCGGCCCCGCUGGGAAAGAUGGUCUGCCUGGACACCCUGGGCAGAGAGGAGAGACUGGUUUCCAAGGCAAGACUGGCCCACCUGGACCCCCAGGAGUGGUCGGACCUCAGGGCCCCACAGGUGAGACUGGACCAAUGGGAGAACGUGGCCACCCCGGACCCCCAGGCCCACCCGGUGAGCAGGGUCUUCCUGGAUCUGCUGGUAAAGAGGGAGCUAAAGGUGACCCCGGUCCCGCUGGCCCGGCUGGUAAGGACGGUCCCCCUGGUCUGAGAGGGUUCCCAGGAGAGAGAGGUCUGCCCGGCCCAGUGGGGGCUCACGGCCUGAAAGGGAAUGAAGGCCCCAACGGCCCACCUGGACCUGCUGGUUCCCCUGGUGAGCGUGGUCCUGCUGGCCCAGCCGGACCCACCGGACUCCCCGGACGACCAGGACCUCAGGGACCCCCAGGACCCGCAGGAGAGAAGGGUGGACCGGGAGAGAAAGGACCCCAAGGCCCCGCUGGUAGAGACGGUGUCCAGGGACCUGUGGGUCUGCCCGGCCCUGCUGGACCUCUUGGAGCCCCAGGAGAGGAUGGAGACAAGGGAGAGAUUGGCGAGCCAGGUCAGAAAGGAGGCAAAGGAGACAAAGGAGAGCAUGGUCCACCUGGUCCUACUGGUCCUCAAGGCCCAGUUGGAGCGCCUGGUCCUGCUGGAGCUGAUGGGGAGCCUGGUCCAAGAGGUCAGCAGGGUCUGUUUGGCCAGAAGGGAGAUGAAGGAUCGAGAGGAUUCAACGGACCCCCAGGCCCAGUGGGACUGCAGGGAUUGCCUGGUCCGGGCGGCGAGAAAGGAGAAACCGGAGACGUUGGUCAGAUGGGUCCUCCCGGUCCUCCUGGCCCCAGAGGCCCCUCCGGACCCCCAGGAGCUGACGGCCCUCAGGGACCCCCUGGUGGUAUUGGAAACCCUGGUGCUGUAGGAGUGAAGGGUGAUUCAGGUGAAAGCGGAGAGCCUGGUCUUCAGGGAGAACUUGGCGGACCUGGCCCAAGAGGAGAGCGAGGAGAGAAGGGAGAGGCUGGUCCUGCUGGCUCUGCUGGACCCCCCGGCCCUAAAGGUCCCCCUGGAGACGACGGUCCUAAAGGAAGUCCUGGUCCAAGUGGUUUCCCUGGUGAUCCUGGUCCCCCUGGCGAGAUCGGACAGGCUGGUUUAGACGGUCCUCCUGGUGACAAGGGAGACGACGGAGAGGCUGGUCAACCUGGUUCCCCUGGACCCACCGGAGAGUCUGGACCUUCUGGCCCACCAGGAAAGAGAGGCCCCCAUGGAACAGUUGGACCUGAGGGCAGGCAAGGAGAGAAGGGAGCCAAGGGAGAGUCUGGUCUGGAGGGCCCACAGGGAAAGACAGGCCCAGUUGGUCCUCAGGGAGCACCUGGCAAGCAAGGUUCUGAAGGUCUCAGAGGUAUCCCCGGCCCAGUUGGGGAACAAGGUCUUCCAGGUUCUUCAGGCCCUGACGGACCCCCUGGACCCAUGGGUCCUCCAGGAUUACCCGGGUUGAAGGGAGACUCUGGUAUUAAGGGUGAAAAGGGCCACCCUGGUCUGAUCGGUUUGAUCGGGCCCCCAGGUGAGCAGGGAGAAAAGGGUGACAGAGGUCUGCCAGGCCCCCAGGGAACAUCAGGACCGAAAGGAGACAAUGGUAUUGCUGGCCCCUCAGGUCCUCUUGGUCCCCUGGGACCCCCAGGAUUACCUGGUCCUCCUGGUCCUAAAGGAGCUAAGGGGUCAUCGGGUCAAACUGGUCCCAAGGGAGAGACUGGUGUUCCUGGACAACCAGGGCCUCCUGGUCCUCCUGGUGAUGUCAUCCACCCACUGCCCAUGCAGUCGAAUCCCAAGAGGAGCCGCAGGAACAUCGAUGCCAGCCAGAUGAUGGACGAGGCCAACGCCGAUGCCAACUACAAGGACUACGACGACGGCAUGGAGGAGAUCUUCGGAUCCCUUAACUCCCUCAAGCUGGAGAUUGAGCAGAUGAAGCACCCGCUGGGAACGCAGGGCAACCCCGCCCGCACCUGCAAGGACCUGCAACUCUGCCACCCCGACUUCCCCGAUGGUGAAUACUGGAUCGACCCCAACCAGGGUUGCUCUAGGGACUCGUUCAAGGUCCAAUGCAAUUUCACAGCAGGAGGAGAGAGCUGCAUCUACCCUGACAAGAAGUCUGAAGGGACUAGGCUCACGUCCUGGGUAAAGGAGAUCCCUGGCUCCUGGUUCAGUGAAUUCAAACGUGGUAAACUGCUCUCGUACGUGGACGCUGAGGGCAACCCCAUCGGCGUGGUCCAGAUGACCUUCCUCCGGCUGCUGAGCGCGGCCGCCCGCCAGAACCUCACCUACAACUGCUACCAGUCAGUUGCCUGGCUCGACCAGGACGGGGACUCGUACGACAAGGCCAUCCGCUUCCUGGGGUCCAAUGAUGAGGAGAUGUCCUACGACAAUAACCCCUACAUCAGAGCCGUGGUGGAUGGCUGCGCGUUGAAAAAGGGCUAUGAAAAGACAGUACUUGAGAUCAACACACCAAAGGUGGAACAGGUGCCUUUUGUUGACAUAAUGUUCAACGAUUUCGGCGGAGCCAUGCAGAAGUUUGGAUUCGAAGUGGGUCCUGUCUGUUUCAUCGGCUAAGACUGUUUACUGAACAAAAUGGAGAAAAUAAAAAGCAUAUUUGUUUUCUCAAAAACAAAACACAUGAAAUUAAUAGGACAAUUUUUAUUUGUAUAAAACAUUCUGUGUCCAAAAGCAACAAGUAUAAUAACAAAAAUUCAAGAUGAGAAUACUAGAAUACAUUUCUAUAGGAUUUCAUAAUAAAUAAUAAAACAAGAGCAACCUUGCAACCUCAGUGUGCCUUCUCCAUCACAUGCAAGUUUUGAAACUGGAUAAGUCAGAUACUACCGACCCCUAUCUUCACCCUUGACCCCUAUCUCUGACCUGAAACCUCCACCCACACCCAGUGCACUUGAUGUAGAUCCAGUCUGCCUGUCCAAUGCACCCGAGGCAAACCUUUACCUGGAAUUGCACUUGUUUCAGAAGAUUGCCAUGGACAGUUUGCUUCUUUGUUUUUUUUUGUUUGUUUUUUAUUACAUCUCCCUCUUAACUCCCGCUUUGAAUAUUUUAUUCAUUGGUUCAUUCAUUCGCUCAUUCAUUCAUUAAUUUCGAAAGCUUUGUUUUGUGCAUAAUUGUCUCCCCAUUCUUCUGAAUGGAGCUUAUAUAUAUAUAUAAAUAUUUUUUGUAUGUUUGUAAGUACUUUCUGUAUAUUUUUCCUGGUAAUGUUUAUUGAUUCUGGCUUCAAAACGUGCAUGUGACCUUUUAGGAGAUGAUGGUUAUUGGAAUAUAUCAAAUUUGCAGAUACUAAAGUGAGGAAUUGGACAUGUAAAUUGGAGAAUAGAUGAGGAGUGCUUGUCUUGUUGCUGGCUGUGAAGGACACGUAAUUGUAAUUUAAGAACCGAAUGAAAAUAAAAGUUGGAAAAAAACCUCUGCACUACUAUGUGAGAGUUGAUUUGCAGAAAAGAAAACGUGUCAAGAAAAAAAUACACAAAAACAUUCCUCCUCUUGUGUCCUCCUGAAGUGCCUAUUUUGGUUGCAUUUUGAGAUUUUAUUAACUUAAUAAACAGUCUUUUUAUGUAAUUUUUUUCCCAAUACUUCAAUAUUUCUAAUCUAUCAAACUAUAUAUGCAACGUGAGAUGUCACAUUUCAAUGAAGCACAAGAAAUCAAAACUUAGGUGCUAUUUUCUCUCCUCUGUGGUGCUAUGAUAUUUUCUAGUUUGUUGUUAUUUUGAAAGUACAGUAAUCUGAUGGCGGUGAUGUUAACCUGUCACCAUGACUACCCUGUCUGCCCCUGACCCUCUUAGCCAUUACCUCUGGCACAAUAACAUCUUCACUGCAUUCUUAUUUAUGUCCAGGGGUGUUUUAAUGCAUGCCAGUUUGCUUCAUAUUCAUCCAUAGAUCAAUGCAGUAUUUCAUUUUAUGUACUUCUCUGCUUCCAAGGCCCACUUAGUAACAACUCUACUAGUGUCUGAUCAUACUGCAACUUACUUGGAAUGUGCUAAAUGAAAUAAGAUUGUACUUGGGUGCCGAAUGUGGUGCUAAUUUAUCAAACUUUCUUAGAUGUCUUAAAAAAAAAAAAAGAAAACGGUAGAAGCGAUACUGCAAUGUUUCCCAUAUCAUGGUUCCAAGACUUGGUGCAUUUUGUGAAUGAAUCUCAAUGAUUGGAUCAUCUUUUUCCACUUCAAGCUUUUUCCUGCUUUCCUUUUUUGGGUGUGGGGUGGAGGUGACUGGUUUGGAAGGGGUACCCCGUUGAGUAUUCCAAAGCACACGGCUGCAGAAAAGUUUGGAGUUUUGGUACCUGAAACCCUCAACUCUCUUACCAAAGGUUUUCUUUAUACACAGCUUUAAGUUCCUAGAGCGCCAAGAAUCCACUACAUAUUUUGAAAUCCAUUAUUUUUGAAAAUGUGGCAGGAUUUUCAAAAUGAUGAUUAAAAUCAGAUGUAUCAUAUAAAAGUUGUUUUAAAUAAAAGGAAAAAUAUCAUUUUUUUAAAAAAAAGUUAACGAUCGCUAAUAGUUCAACAGAUUAGCCAGAUGAAAAGCUUGUUUUUGUAUUGUUGUUUGGGUCUUCUGAUUUAUCUGUUGGUUUACUUUCUUUAGCCCCUAGUUAUCCCCUUUGUACAAACCAUGCACUCUGCCUGCUUUUUACCACUACAGCAUCUACCACAGAACUUUUUACUGUCCUGGAUAAGUAGCUUGUUUUUUGUUAUGUUUUACAAUUUUUACCUUCUAGAUAUGUGACUUGAAACAUUUCUGUUAAAAUAGCUGAAUACACUUAUUAAUAAUCGUUUUUAAAUUUUCAUUUCGAUGAAUCACGCCAAAUUUAACAUUUUUGCUCUCAAUGAAAGGACAAAACAAUUUUGUAAAUUUUCAGAACCAGCAGUCAAUAAAGUUUUUUAUUUUUGUUUUACAUUUGUCUGUUCGUUUGUUUGCUUUUACGGUCUUGUCAAACCUGUGUAAGAGAGGAUAGAAGAUAUAUUGGUGUUCUUGUCAAUAAAUUCAAGUUUACUGUG